GUCACCCUACAGGUGUAGAACUUUACAGUCAGAAUGUGUCUGACACAAAUAGCUACUAUGGACGGAUUUAUCAAGUUUAUGAACCAAAGCCAAGGAAGAGAUCGACUUUUCAGAGCUACUCAGUAUGCAUGCAUGUUGCUUAGUUAUAUGUUAGAGAAUAAAGCUGGCAGAGAGAAAGUGAUAAUGAAGCUCAAACGAGUGGAAUCUAACAUGAGCUCUGGCCGUAAAUUGUUCCGACUGGGCAACUUUAUACAUGCCAUUGAAGCUUCAAAAGCUGCUAUCCAACUCUCAGAUUCUGCCUUGUGCUACUGCUUGACCGCUGCCAAUUUAAACCGCGUUCUAUAUUUCACCUGUGACAGUGUGCUGUGGGCAAUUAGUGUGGGGCUGGUGUCUGACAUCAACAAGAUCACAUGGAGGCUUCGAGCUACUCGGUGCUAUUUCUACUCUCUUUUGUUUCACCUAGCCAGGGAUGUAUACAUAAUAAGAAGGUGCAUGAAGGAAGAGGUCAAGGGGAGCAAGCACAAUGGAAAAGAUUCUGGUUGUGAUAAAGAACCAGAUCAUAACCACAGUAAUUCCAUACUAAAAAUCCUUGAGAAUAUUGUAACCAUCUUCUACCUGAGUCUCAGACAUAACCCACCUGUCUUACUGGACACAAUAAAAAAUGUCUGUGACCUUCUAAGUCCUCUUGACCGUCUGGGAGUUUACCAAACCAGUCAGGGCUUCGUUGGUAUAUGUGGCUUGGUGUCUUCAAUCAUAGGCAUUGUUACAGUAGCACAACCUGUAUUAAAACUUAAAAGUUAAUAUAACCAGGAAAGAGAAAAAUAAUCAGUAAACAAUGAGAUCCCCAAUGCUGCUAAUUACUAUGGGUAAAAAUUAGAUCUAUGAAAAUACGUAAAUAAAGAGUAAAUGAA